AAUCAGUCGCUGUCUAUCUCUGUCUGCGUGCGUUUCGUUUCACCAAGUGCUCCGUGGCUGCGCUACGUACAAAACGCAAAUAAGAAAUCGUAAAUCACAGACAAAAACACAAAACAAAGAGCGUGUGAUAAACGUCAAAAAAAUAUAGCGUGCAAAAAACAACAACAAUUAGAAGCUGCGAUCAAAAUCACACACACUAGCACAGACAGCGAAAGAGAGAGAGAGCGAAGCUUGUUGACCGUCCGUAAUUCUAUACUGAACAUUUUUAGUAAGAUUUAAGCGCAACUUAGAGCAACUGCAAUAGCAGCAGCAACAACAACACCAGCAAAAACAACAACAACAACAACACAGCAAAAUGGCAACAACACCACGCAGUGGGGGCUCCGGCUCUGGAGCCGCACAACGCCCCAAUGGAACCUCGCAAAAUAAAAGUUGCCAAUUUAAAUUGGUGCUACUUGGCGAAUCGGCUGUGGGCAAAUCAUCGCUGGUGCUGCGCUUCGUCAAGGGCCAGUUUCACGAGUACCAGGAGAGCACGAUAGGUGCUGCCUUUCUCACACAAACCAUUUGCAUAGAGGAUACAGUGGUCAAGUUCGAGAUCUGGGAUACAGCCGGUCAGGAGCGGUAUCACAGCUUAGCUCCCAUGUAUUAUAGAGGUGCGCAGGCCGCCAUCGUUGUCUACGAUAUACAGAAUCAGGACAGUUUUCAGCGUGCAAAAACUUGGGUCAAAGAACUACAUAAACAAGCCUCACCGAACAUUGUCAUUGCGUUGGCUGGCAAUAAGGCGGACUUGUCUAACAUUCGCGUUGUUGAGUUUGACGAGGCGAAGCAAUACGCAGAGGAGAACGGAUUGUUGUUCAUGGAGACGUCCGCGAAGACGGGCAUGAAUGUCAAUGAUAUCUUCUUGGCAAUUGCCAAGAAACUACCGAAGAACGACAACAAUCAGGGAUCUGUUAUAAAACCAAAUGGAAACGAGCCGACUCAAACGACGAACAACUGUUGCAAGUGAUGUCCCUUUGUAGAAAAUGAAAUUUCCAACGAGAGAUUUGAAAAGUUUAUGCUGAUAAUUAUAAAUAAAAACAUUAUUUAAAAUUUAAAACUAAUGCCGGCUCCCAGGGGCAAGCAAUUUAAUUUCACAUAAUUGAUAAUGAUGAUGAUGAUGAUGGAAAACCAGAAGAUAACGAUAAUAUUAAUUAUAAAUUAAAUUAAAUGAUAAAGAAAACCACAAAAAACUAAACCAAUCACAACAAAAAACAAAAACGUAAAGCAAAUAAUAAAACAACAAAAACAACAACAGCAUAGUCCCGUUAAAAUCAAGCGUAAAAUGUUAUCAAAAAGUAAACAAAACACAACGCUCCUAACAUACUUCUAACUCUGGUCCACGCUCCCCGAUUCCCUCACAUAGUUCAUAACCGCCACUUAGAGAGCUCCUCCUACAAUUUCAUCUCGAUCAGAUGCAAAACUUCUAAAUAACGCAUUAGAAAUAAUAUGGUAAAGAAUAAACAUGAUAAAUAUGAAAGCGAGAGUUCACGUCGUGUCGUAGAAAUGUUUAAAAUUGAAUUGUAAAGAAAACAAAAACGAAAAAAUAAUGAAAGAAACUUGAUAAGUUUGUUUAUAAAUGGGUGACGAUGAAACCAGAGAAAUUCCAGUUGCAGUUGUUCUCAGCAGCGUUCCAAAAAGAAAAAGAAAAAACAAAUAAAAUAAAAAAGUAAUGAUGAAGAUAAAACCGAAGAUCAGUUCAGUUUUGUUCAGUUCAGAUCAGCAGCUGAAGAUUCGCUCGUCCUCGAUCUGUGGCAAUGUGUGUGUCUAUCCGGCCGUCAAGUUGCGAUGGACACGUGUGAUAGUUGCAAUUUAUAUAAAUUAUAUAUAUAUACACAUAUGGAAAAAGAAAACAUGAAAUAAAAAUCUAAAAAACAAAAAAAAAAAAAAUUAAUAAAAAAAAUACAUGAAAAGAUUGAAAAACAUACAAAGAAGAAUUAAUGAAAUUAUUCAUUUUUGGUUCAAACUUUACGUUUAGCUUAUUUUAUUUCCACAUUCUCUAGCAACAAUCGAAGAUUAAAUGCUACUCUUUAAAUUAUAGUAACAAAAACAAAAACAUAAACAUAAAACAUAAAAGAUAAACAAAAUUUCAAAAAUUAAGAUGAAGUUUAAGCAAAUGAAGUGAAGUCUAAGAAGAACAAGUAAAUCUUAUACAUAAACGACUUUGUUUUGACUCGAUUCACAAAUGCAAUUUAAUUUUCAAUCCGAUUUCAAUGUAUAUGUAUAUCAACCAGCGAUCAACCAAGCAAAGCAACAAAAAAUAUAAAAAACAAAAGAGAAAUCAACCAAUAAAACGCAGAUAAAACAAUACGAAAAAAAAGCAAAAACAACAAAGAUAACAGCAUAAGAUAUGGGAAAAGAUUCGACUCCUAGCAAGCUGUGUGUGUAUUUUUCCAAUUUAUAAUUUUUAUGUUGUAUGUAUGUAUUUAAAUUUAACAUUUAUAAUAAAAAUCGUAUAUAUAUCUCUAUAUAUAUAAAAAUGAAUCACAA